GUAAAUGAAAUCUUGUGGUGGUUGUUGUUUGAAAUGCACAGAUUGCAUUUUCCCCCUAAAAUGGCGGCAAAGGGACCGCUCCUGUAAUCCGCAGAGAUCUGAACCUUAGACCUCAAACCGCUGAAGCGCACAUCGAGAGGAGCGGAAAGCAGUCGCUCGGCCGCGCGCUCCGCCCCGAGAGCCGCCGAACAGCGCCACAGCUCCAAAGGUCACAGGUUUAUGCAAAGCACUGAAACGCGAUGCGGAUCCCAUGAGAGGGGAAGAGUUUAAAAACAGAGGCACUCGAGAGCCGAUAAAAAAAAAAGCCGAAGCGCUGAGGGACCGGAGUCGGGAGAGUGUCCCCACACAGAAUGGCGAUCAGUAUCCGCCAUUUGGCGAGUGUGGCCGUGUGUCUGCAGUGCCUGCGGGUCCCGGCGCAGGGCGGGCGGCUGCUGGUGGUGCCGGUGGACGGCAGUCACUGGCUCAGUAUGCGGAUACUGGUGCAGGAGCUCCACGCGCGGGGACACCACAUCGUCGUCGUCUUUCCCGAAAACAAUCUGGUGAUCCACAGGGCCCCCGAGUACAGCAGCAAAACCUUCCGCACCGCCUACAGCAAACAGCACGUGCGGGACAUCUACCGGAGUCUGAUCCGAUUCCCCUUCAUCAACGGCACUUUUUUCGAGCGGUUCUCGGAAAACCUGAGGCUGAUCCAGAAGUUCUCCGACUUCUUCCUGAUCACCUGUGAGGGGCUCCUGCGGGACUCGGAGCUGCUGCGGGAGUUGGCGGAGGGCGAGUUCGAUGCGCUGUUCACUGACCCCUUCAGUCCCUGCGGCUCCAUCGUGGCCGCGCACCUCUCGCUGCCCUCCGUCUUCCUCCUGCGGGGAGUGCCGUGCGGGUUGGAUUACGAGGCCGCGCAGUGUCCCAGACCGCUCUCCUACGUCCCGCGGCAUUUCACCGGCAACGCCGACCGAAUGAGCUUCUCACAACGGGUCCAUAACGUGUUGGGCCUCGUAAUGGAAUCGGUAGUUUGUCACGUUACCUACUCCCGGUUUGACGAGUUGGCCGCCAGGUUCCUGCAGAAGGAGGUGACGGUGAAGGAGCUGCUGAGCCGCGGCGCCAUCUGGUUACUGAGGUUUGACUUUGUGUUCGAGUAUCCGAGACCUCUGAUGCCAAACAUGAUCCUCGUGGGGGGUAUGAACUGUAAGGACAGGAAACCUUUACCUGAGGAGUUAGAAGAAUUCAUGAACAGUUCUGGAGAAUAUGGAGCAGUGAUCUUCUCCUUGGGGUCAAUGGUUUCUGAUGUGCCUAUUGAGACAGCUGAUCAGAUCGCAGAGGCAUUGGGUCAAAUUCCUCAAAAGGUUCUGUGGAGGCACACAGGAGUAAAACCAUCCACACUGGCACCAAAUACAAAGCUGAUGAAAUGGAUGCCACAGAACGACCUACUGAGACAUCCAAAAACACGUGCAUUUAUCUCCCAUGGAGGAAUGCAUGGGAUCUAUGAGGCCAUCUGUGCUGGUGUACCAAUGGUAUUGGUCCCAUUGUUUGCUGACCAAUUGGAAAAUGUACUACGAAUAAAGAACCAAAAUGCUGGUAUCCUCAUUGAUUUAAAAAAUAUGAGCUCUCGGGAUCUAGUUGAAGCAUUGAAUACAGUCAUCAAUGAUACCAGGUACAAAGAAAAUAUGAUGAGGCUGUCGUCACUGCACAAGGAUCAACCAGUGAAACCCCUGGACCUUUCUGUCCACUGGGUGGAGUUUGUGAUGAAACACAAAGGGGCAGAACAUUUACGCCCAGCAGCCCAUGAGCUUAACUGGAUCCAGUAUAACUGUCUAGAUGUCAUUGGAUUCCUGCUCGCCAUUGUGCUAGUGUCUUUUUAUCUGAUGAUUAAAUGCUGCACAGUAUGUUAUCGAUGUCUGGGCCGAACAAAAAAACAAGAAAAGAAAAAAUCUGAUUGAGAUGAUGAAGAACUUUCAAGCAAUCAGUAGUUCAGUGAUUAUUAAUUCCUAUAACCUCCAACUUCCUAAAUUUGAUUACAUAUUCCAUUUAAUCAAACCUCUCCUGAUCAUUUAUAAUCAUUCAGUAAAGCCAUUGCCCCAGGCUGUACUGAUUUUAGGUGAUCUCAUUUGGGGUGAUAGUGGGCACUAUAACUGACCUCAGCUUGGAAAUAGAAAUAUUAAGACUUCUACUGCAGCUUGAUGCUAUUUCAGUCUUGCUGUGAAAUGUGUAGACAUGUAUUGAAUUUGACUAUACUCUGAUCAUCGCUUACAGAGAGUUGAAUAGCCUGGGCUAGGGAUCAUAAGUGAACUUUAUCCAACUUGCACAACUAAUGACCUCAGAAGUAUGUUUACACUAACAAGCACAAGGAAUCCAGCCAACUGUUGCAAAACUCUGAACAGUUUGGGCUGUGUGGCUGUCAUACACAAGGUUGGAGAUGUGGAAAGAAAUGUGUGAAUAAAUAUAAGCAAAUGAAUGCCAUGAUCAAGACUCGCAACUUGGCCUUAAUCAUUUCUCUGUAAAAUAUGAUGUUUUUAUUAAUUUCUUUUUUAAUAUUUGUCUAAGAACAUUCUGUUCUCUUUACAAUUAUAUGCUUGUCUCAAAGAUUCUAAGAGAUAAAUUUGUAUUUCAAACCCCUA